CUGCCAUUACAUCACCACCAGAGACUGUACGUGUGAAUGCAGGUCAUGCUGCUCAACUCAAAUGCACAGUUACCAAUCGAAAUAACUCUCUGGUGACCUGGACCUUUCUUACACACGACUUUGUGAUCUCUGAUGGUAGCCAGGUUUUAACACACGACAAGACCAAGUAUUCAGUCAUGAACACAGUCGGUGGCAAUGUGGAACAGUUUUAUCUUCAAAUUUUGAAUAUUGGUAAAGACGACCAGGGAUUUUACAAAUGUGCCAUCGCAGGAACUGAUCAACAAGUUAUUCACCAUCUGGACGUUGAAGAUAUUCCUGACAUUGCCACAGCAGAAGGGCCACCUAUCAAUAUGACAGAUUGCUGUUUAUUCGAGAAUGUCUCACAGUCUUGCUUGCCAGGUUGUUACCCAAGUCAGAUUGAUUUGAAUACAUUUAAUGCCAUAACUGAGUGUGGAACUGUGACCAACUUAAAAGGGCUGUCCAAAUGUUUUACAGCUGGAAGCAAUCAUGACAACUGCUGCCUGUUUAUGAAAGUGGAUCCAGUUUGCCUCGGAUUUUGUCACAAUGAUGUUCCCACAAAUAUCAGCUCAGAAUACAACAGGAAGUGUUUCACGGACAGUAUUGUUAAUGCAGUUUUUACUUGCUUUGAAAUUGGCUUUGAGCAUCUCCCCAGUGAACCUACAGAUGUGGAAGCCAUACCAGUGCAUGAUGGACUUUACGGAUCUAUUCUAGUGAAAUGGGCAGAGCCGAAAAGAAACCCACAAGCUGUGACUGGUUACCUGAUCAUGUAUAAACCAAGGCAUCAGACAUCCUAUAGCUCGGUAAAAAUUACAGAUCCAAAAUCGCUGUCCUAUCGUCUGGAUGGAAAAAAGUUUCAGAUUGAGUCCGAUAUGGACUACAAAAUUCGAGUGUCAGCUUUAGCGGUUCACGGUGUUAGCUUUGGCUCUGUUGAAGUGGACAUCUACAUAGCCAAUUCAACCAAGCCAGCGCAAAUUAUUGCAGAUGUUGAUAUUUGCUGCUCACAUCGAGGUGUAGGUGAUGUCUGCAGGAACUUGCUUUGUCAUUCCCGGACCUGGUCCAAGUUUGACACCCAGCAAAUCCUCGGCUGCUAUCCUGACCUGGAUGAAAUAUUUACUUGCCUUGUAGGAGAGCGCAACCACAGCAACUGCUGUGCUGCAUUUGAU